AUUAUUAAUAAAUUAAAUAAUCACCAUGCUUCAGCAAAACAAUAUCUCAACUGAAAGUUCAAACCCACUUCAAAUCAUUCAUAAAGAAUCACCAAACAACAGCUAUGAUUUCGCUGGAUUUCAUAAUCUUCAAAAUUUUGAAGGGUUUUCACACGACUUUGACACCCAUUGGCCAACAGCAAAUGAUAGGCACUUCAAUAUUGGGAUGAAUGAAGGCUAUCAAGCUAUUCCUUCAUUGAACUCAGUUUAUGGCCAACUCUAUUCUGCAAACGAAAGUGGGGUGUUAAAUCCGAAUUUACACCAAGAUAUGGCCUUAUCUACACAGCAAUAUGGAUAUCCCUAUGAUGUAUACAGCCAACUUGCUUUGGCUUCAAUGGACUUAUCUGGGUACUGUCUGUGUGGUUUGAAUGGCUCUGUUAAUAUGAACGGUCUCAAUUCAUAUUUAGCUACACCCUCCAAACACGAAAAAUCUUCUGAACAAAGAAAAACUAGGUGAACUCCUAAGACUGAAAGCGAAAGUACUACUCUCAAAGGAUACAGGUUCAGGUUCAGACACGAGACUAUCAACGGACGCAAGAGAAAGAUCAUUCAGUGUCAGUAUGAUGGCUGCUCUAAAGAGUUCACCAAGACCUGGAGCUUCUUGUAUCAUGCAAGAAUGCAUGAAGGCGAAAAGCCUUUCGAAUGCAAGAUCUGCGAGCGCAAGUUCAGCCAGAAGAGCAACCUGACCAAGCAUAUGAAGCAUCACAUGCUGACCACCAUCAGCCAAAGAAAGUUGUUCAAAUGAAGGCUGUGUCCGAAGGGGUACACUGAGAGAUACAACUUAAGAAAGCAUCUCAAGGCUGUGCAUAGAAUAACCACAAACAGAGACUUGACCCUCACUGGACAUCAGCCAGCAAGCAAUUAGGAAAAUAAGGAGUUCCAAAUAUCAGGAAAUCAGAGUCGCCCAAACCAGGUUUAAUUAAUUCAUGAUCUCUAAUAAUUCUUGAUCUAAUUGACCCUUAAGUUUGAGCCCUAUC